AUUUUACUGACAGCUAUUAAAUAGGACGCGUAUAGCAGACUACCAGAACCGUCUAAUUUUGCACUUCCACACGUCUCAAAAUCUCUAGAUGAUAAUACUAUUUACUACUGUGGCCAAUAUGCAAGAAGGUGAGAUUCACUAUAACCUUUUCGUUCAAUUAAAUUUAUAUGAUAAUCUCGCUGCUGCUCCCAAUCUUCCUUCCUUCUUCCUUCUUCCUUCGUUCCUUCCUCCAUUUCUUCUUCAGUCAACACCACUGUUUGAUUCCUUUCUGGUCUUUUGAUCUUUUUAUUGUUCGUGAUAAAUUAAAACAAUGAAUGAUGUAAAGGAAGAUAGUAUCAAUAUUGGACAAUCUACUUCUACUCUUCAGCAAGCUCGGAUCAAAGAGAUUCAAGUCACAGUAAUCCAGAGCCUCAAAAUACUGGUCAUACUGGUCUUCAAAGAUCAGGUGCUGAUACUACAAGAAGACGUAUGGUAUGUUUGAUCUCUUUUUCUCUCUCCAAUCUAUGUGAUGGUUUCGAGCAUUUGCUUGUUGAUCUCUUUCUUUAAUCGAUUUUGGAUAUUCAAUCUGUCACAUUCAAUCUUGUACAUUCAUUGAAUGGGUAGUGGGGAAUAGUAGAUCUAUUAUUCUUUCAUCUGUAUUCAUUUAUUCAUUUAUUCAUUUAUUCAUUCGUUCAAAAUCUCAAUUUACAGCUUCCAUCUUUAUAAUUUAUUUCCUUCCCCCAACAAGGAUUUUCUAAAAGAAGUUUAAACUAAUUAAACAGCCACAGACUACAAAUAUGAAUGGAUUAAAGGCAACAAAAGCUACCACUUCAACUUCCUCCAUUUCUUCUUCCCGUUCUCCAUCAACUCCAAACACCCAAAAUCGUACUUCUCAUCUAAGAUCUCGCAACAGUCCUCCAGUCGUCACCUCUCUACGCCAUGGUGCUAGUAAAGCACGUCCAAGUUCUUCUGCUUCAGCUAUUUCUUCGGACACUUCUUCUAUUCCCCCUACGCGUCGUGUAGCCAAUAUUCAACGUACAAAUGAGACUACUCUAACGAUAGCUCGUCCAGUUCAUCGUCGUCAAAAUGGCCUUUCGACGACUUUUAAUCGGGCAGCAGAAGCUCAACGUCUCAGUCCUCCUCACGCUAGAAGUGAUAAACAUCAUAACACCACUGCGCUAACAACGCGUCUUAAUCCAGCUCGUCAUGCUGCCAGUGACUCGCCCAGAGUGACAGGUACUCCUGGUUCUCAUGCUAAUGCCAAAACUCGCACUCAAGAGCUAUCUCAAUCUUCUUCCCUUGCUUCUUCCACUCGCUCUUCCCCAGCGGGUUCGGAUGACGAAAAAGAUGACGAAGAAGAAGAAGAAGGCCUAUUUGUCUCACCUCCAGAUACCACCAAAAUCCAAGCUACAGCACCUAAUUCCCGCGCCCUAGGUGUUCGAGGUUUUGCGAAUAUGCCAUUACCAAGAGAUCAAGAGUCUGAUGAGGAAGAUCUAAGACCAAGUCAUGUUUUGAGGCAAGAACGUCGAGCUGCAGCUGGUAAACCAGAGAAGCCUAUCGGUCGCAAAGACAAAGAUGGUAGAUUGUAUGAUGUUAAUGGUUCUGAUACGAAAAUUUAUGGUGCGCCGUUGUCGGUUGCUAGGGCUUCUUUCAGUACAUUUAGUGAGCGUAAGAAGUCUGGAAAGUCUGGAAAGUCUACUAGAUCGGCUUCAUCUAGAUCAAAUGAUUCGGAUGAUAAUUUUGAUAUUGAUGGUAGUGAGUUGAGUGUAAGCUGAAUAUCCUAUAUUUGUCUGGUCUUAUUGAAAUAGAUAUACUAAUACAUGACAGUCAUCUAAUGGCUCAUUUGAAGGAACCCCUCAACUUGAUCGUCGCUCAAAAAAUCGUGACAACGCACGUCAUUCCAACUCUCAUCGUCAUCGUUCCUACAAUAACUCCGGUCCACCAAGAACUCCUAGUCCUAAUAACGACGGAUACUGCCCCUACGAAGUCUAUGGCCCAGACCUUGACUCUCCACCACCAUCCUACCUUAUCAAAUCUCCUGGUGUAAUUGACCGAACCCUUCCAUACCCAGAUCGUGAAGAAAAUAAAUUCCUAUCAGAUGUGGCUCAAGUUCAACCCGAUGAUCUCUUUGAUGCUGAUGACAUAUUUUUCACAUUUCAAGGUCAGACUCCUCAUGAAAUACAAGUUCAAGCACGUUUAGAUGCAGAAAAAGAAGCUAUGCAAGCAAAUGCAUAUGGUUCUGGAUUUCGUGCCCCAAUGCAUUUUGAUCAUUGUCCAUACACGGCUCCAAUUUGUCGUGGGGAACGCGAAACCUGGAUAGCAGAAAGAAAACGAAUCGAUACUACAAAGGCUCGUGAUGAUUGUUUUGAAGAUGUAGAGAGAUUAUUGAGAAUUGAUCGUGAUGCUUAUCGUCACAUCACUUCUAAUUCAGGUACACCCGUUUCCUCUGUUUUAACAAAGGGAAAGAGAGCCACUUGCGCGGGUCCAGCUCGUGUUAAGAGAAAGUACAAUUGGCGAGAUCCGGAUAUGAAGAAUAAACGUCGUCGUCGUGGUAUUACUCGUGGCGCUCAAAAUUCUCGUUCUCGUGGUGAAGCACAAGUUGAUGGUGUGGAUGAACGAGUUGACACUGAGGGUCCUUCUUGGGCUUGGAGUGAGGCUGCUGGAGCGGUUGUUAAUAUUCGUGAGCCUAUUACGUUGCUUCCUAGGACUCGUCCAACUAGUGGAUCUACUCGGAGUGGUGGUGCACUUCCUAGCUUUGGAUACCGUGCUUCUAAUAGUUUUGAUGGUCGUGGUAUUCCUGCUCCUCCGAAUAUCUCUGAUGCUUCUAUUGGGUUUGUCGGUCGGGAGCAAGCGGCUACUUCCGGUAUUUCUGGUACUUUUGGUAAUGCGUCUGCAGUCGCUGGUGAUAAUAACGAAGCAGGCAUCGAUAUUGCUCCUGCUGAAGAGCCCGCGGUCGUUGGUAAUAGCACCAAAACAGGUUUUGUUCCCGGUGGUGAAGAGUCAAAUGCUACUGGUCCGCCUGCCGAGAACAAUGACUUUGAUGCAUCACUAUCUCGUCCUUCUAGCUCCUAGGCGUUAGUAUUAGUAUUGGCGUUGAUGAUUUGGUGCGAUUUUGGUGACAUGCGGGUGUUAGGUGUUAGGUGUUGGGUGUCAGGUGUUGACAUCUUGAUUUGUGAUGCUUGUUUGCGUAUAUAGGUAGUUGAUGAAUUAUAAAUGAUGGAGAUGAAGA